CCAGACGGAGAAAUAGAAUGAAGUUCUGCCAUCAGUCUCCUAAAAUAGAAGGCCCUUUUCAUCUUUCAGGCUUGAGUCAGCCACAUGGAACACAAAUUAGGAGGCACAAACCAUCUCACAGGGCAUUGGGAAACACAGGCAGAAAGUCAAGUGAAGAGAAACUUCUUCAGAUAUGAGCUGUAUUCAGAAAAUUGCUUUUUAGUCACUUUCCUAAAAUUUUAUUUAUUUUACUGCUUUGUCUUAAGUAAUUAGAAAAAAAGUAGUGUUGUGGGGUUUUUUUUAUUUUAUUUUUCUUUAAAAUAACUGACAAUGAAACUGAGCGUGGGGAUCUUUUUUGGAGGCUUCUUUGCAGCUCUGGGGGUUUUGCUUUUUCUGGUGGCAUUUGGAACUGAUUAUUGGCUUCUUGCUACAGAAAUAGGAAGCUGUUCAAAUGCACCUGAAGAUUCUGGGGGAGAGAAGGCCACUUUCCAUCAUGAAGGUUUCUUCUGGAGGUGCUGGUUUAGUGGAAAUGUAGGAGAGAAUAAUGCCAGCAUGUGGAAUUUCUGGUAUACUAACCAGUCACCUUCUAAGAAUUGUACACACGCUUACUUGUCUCCAUUUCCUCUUAUCCGAGAUGAACACAAUUCAACCUCCUAUGACUCUGCAAUCAUUUAUCGUGGUUUCUGGACAGUUCUUAUGCUCCUGGGUGUGCUUACUAUUGUGAUGGCCAGUUUCCUCAUCAUCUGUGCAGCUCCAUUUGCCAGCCACAUUCUCUACAAAGCAGGAGGAGGCUUUUACAUCAUUGCUGGUGUCUUGUUUUCGAUGGUAGUCGUGAUGUACGUCAUCUGGGUCCAGGCGAUGGCUGAUCUGGAAAACUACACAAACAUGAAAAAAAUGGAUUGUGUGGACUUUGCUGUUUCUGUACGCUAUGGCUGGUCUUUUAUGCUGGCUCCUAUAGGAGCAUUUUUUGCUUUAUUAGCAGGAAUGCUGUUCUUGCUGGUGGGGCGUGCCAUUUAUUUACACUCAGACUAGUCAUACACUGCUGAAGGGAAUACUGGAGUCCUAGUGAAACUUCAUGACAAUUGUAAACUGGAACACAAUUUUAUACAUUAUUACCAUUGUGGCAGUCCUGAGUGUGCAGGCAGACUUGUGGAAUUUCUUCUGUUACUUGUUUAAGGGUAAAGGACACAAAACUCAACACUGUGGAAGAAACCACCUUUAGUCUCAACUAGUUGUUUUUGAUUCUAAAGAACACCCAUGGUCUUCAUAUUGUAAUAUUAGCAUUUUUGCAGUCUUGCAAACAGAGGAAGGCAAAAAUUUUCUGUAAUCAAAAGCCCAUCAGAAAGUGGGCCAAAUCAACAUUUUAUACAUGUCUUUUAAAAUUUAUCUUGUGCUUCUGCUUGUGGAGAAUGGUACAAGGUAGAGGGGAAAGCAAACAUUCAAACACAGUGAUUCAGUCUACCUCCUCUCCUGUUUUCCACUUAUUACCUUAGCUUUAAUACAAGAAAACAUAUCUGCACUUUGUAUAAAUAGCAUGCAGUUGCUCAUGCAGCAUUCAUGGGAAGAAGACAAGAGCAAAGACAAUUACCAUGAACAGUGACCUGGUGCUAGUCUGUAAAAACUUAACUGUUUCCAUUUCGCUUUUCUGUAUGCAUUGAAAACUGUAUACUUCUGUACUCUGAAAUCUGUGUUUGUUGCAUGAUUCUAUAAGCCAUUAUGCCAUAGUUAUAAUUGCUUGCACGAGUUAUGCCAAAAUUUUACUUUGAAUGACAGCAUUAAUAUUUUAAUCAAGUUUUGACCCCUUGAUUUUUGACUGAAAUAAUUGGCUCCUUCAGCAAACAUUUUCCUGGGUGUUUAAAAUGAUUUUUUUUAUUUAAAAAUAAUAUUAUAAAGUCAAUAUCUAGGACAUGAAAAUGUAUGUUUUAUAUGGCCUUAAUUUUCCUAAAUAUUAAAAAUCUGUGUUAUAGACAAAGUCCAACUUUCCUACUAGUCAUCCUUGGGAAAAUAAUGUCCCAAAGACAGAAAUGGAGAUAGAUUUGGUUCUUCAUCGUAGGAGUGGCUCCUCUUCUGUGUGUGUGUGUUGUGUGUGUGCAUAUGUUUGGAAGAUGGGUGAGAAUGGGAUGGUAUGCAUGGUAUGGAAAAGAUGGGGUGGAGUUUUAACAAUGGAGAAACUUUGGCAUUGCACCCAAACCGAAAUUAAAUCCAUCUGAGAGUGUGUUGGUUUUCACUUUGUAACUCAAUGCAGAAGAGCUGGGGACUGCUGGGGGAAAAUAAAGAUUGCAUGUUGGUUUCUUCUUCA